AUGCUUAAUACUUCCAUAAUAAGACACAUACAAUCUACAGCUAUACUAAGAAGAUCACUUAUAACUUCAAGGAUACUACAAAAUGCAACAUCAGCAGCAGCAGAACCAAAACCAAAACCAAAACCAGAACCAGAACCAGAAGCAAAGAAAGCUACCCCAAUUGAAUCCUCUUGCAAACCAGGAACACCAUUGAACUUGAAAAUUUUCAAGAAAGGUGAUGAGCCAGUAGCUAAAGAAGAUUCUGAAUAUCCUGAAUGGCUUUGGACUAUGAUUGAUCCAAAGAACAACUUGGACAAUAUCAAGAAUGAAAAUUUCCUUAGAUGGAGAAGAAUAAAAUUGCAAAAGGAAAACAACAAGACCAUAAGGAACAACAACUUCUUGUCAAAGAUAUAG